AUGAACGGGCUAAGGGUAGAGGAGCUCUACUACAAGCUUGUCGAACAGCCCCCCAAGAAUUUGGGAGAGCUCUUGACCCGGGCUCACGCCGCCGCUAACGCAGAGGAGGCCGGCCGCCUGAAACGAGAGUCAGAUCGGGAACUCGGGGACCGGAGAGGAAGGGGAAACCCCCCUGAAAUCAAGGGCGGUCAAGCCCGGAAGAACGUCUUCGAUCGCCUCUCUAAGGAUAAAGCCCACGCUCAACCGCCGCUCCCGGAAAAAGGGUAUACACCCCUGACUCGGCCGAGGGCACAGCUCCUGGCUGUAAUGGAAGCAGAGGGUCUCGGAGGACGGCCGCCCAAGAUGGGGAUGCCCCCGAAUAAAAGAAACCAGGACCGGUACUGUGCCUUCCACCGUGAUGCAGGGCAUGAUACGGAGGGAUGCUGGGCCUUGCGGAAGGAGAUUGAAGACCUAAUCCAGCGUGGUUUCCUGGGGCGGUUUGUGCAGCCAGGUCGGCCGGGCCAGAAGCGUGGACGUGCCUACCGCGAAGAGAGGGGUGAGGGCUACCCCCGCGACCGACCUGAGAGGCGUGACGCGGCUCGAGAUUACUCCCCCGGCCAGGGCAUCCAGAACCUGGCAGGGGUUAUAAACACUAUAGCCGGGGGUCCCACGGGGGGAGACAGCCAUACAGCUCGGAAGAACAGGCGACCCCCCCAGACGGAGAUGAUUCGCUGA